AAAGUCACAUUUUCUGGGAGGAUGCCUUCUGUAAAUUUAACAUGAUUCAAAAUUUUAUAUUCCAAUACCCUUUUCCCCAUGGGAAUUAAUGUACAGUAGGAGAUGAAAUGUGCUUGCACAACUCAUAAACAUACCAUCUUACCAUGUUUUAAUUUUUGAUGCUAUUUUGUGUCUUUGCAGCAUUAUUUCUACCCACACUCUCCUAAAUGAACAGCACCACCUGCCAUGUCAGUCGUUCAGUCUUCGUGGUGUUUUACCACGUCCAACAGCCACUCCAAAGCUUCUAUUCCAAGGACAAUGAAGGUAGCUGGUUCCGCUCCCUCUUUGUGCACAAAGUGGAUCCCCGGAAGGAUGCCCACUCCACCCUGCUGUCCAAGAAGGAGACCAGCAACCUCUACAAGAUCCAGUUUCACAAUGUGAAGCCCGAGUGCCUGGAUGCCUACAACAGCCUGACGGAGGCUGUGCUGCCCAAGCUACACCUGGAUGAGGACUACCCCUGCUCGCUUGUGGGCAACUGGAACACAUGGUACGGAGAACAGGACCAGGCAGUGCACCUGUGGCGAUUCUCAGGCGGCUACCCAGCCCUCAUGGACUGCAUGAACAAGCUAAAAAAUAACAAGGAGUACCUGGAGUUCCGAAAGGAGCGGAGCCAGAUGCUGCUCUCCAGGAGAAAUCAGAUGCUUCUUGAGUUCAGCUUCUGGAAUGAGCCACAGCCCCGAGCAGGCCCCAACAUCUAUGAGCUGAGGACAUACAAGCUCAAGCCAGGAACCAUGAUUGAGUGGGGGAACAACUGGGCUCGGGCCAUCAAGUACCGGCAAGAGAACCAGGAGGCGGUGGGCGGCUUCUUCUCGCAGAUAGGAGAGCUCUACGUUGUGCACCAUCUCUGGGCCUAUAAAGAUCUGCAGUCUCGGGAGGAGACUCGAAAUGCUGCCUGGAGGAAGAGGGGCUGGGACCAAAAUGUCUACUACACAGUUCCCCUGGUGCGACACAUGGAAUCUCGGAUCAUGAUUCCUUUGAAGAUCUCACCUCUCCAGUGAUACUGCCUGUGACUCCACCUCUUUCCCCUUCUCCCUCAGAGCAGCCAUGGACAGAGAAGCUCCCAGUCCUAUUGUCUUGGUUUUGUCUCAGAUCUGGGAGGACUCUGAGGGCAGGGGAUGUGGGUAGUGACAGCUGAAGGAUGACAGGGUUCUGAGGACUUACAGCUCUGCCCAGAUGCUUCCUACCUUCCCCAACCACCUCUUCUCCUGUGUUGGAAGCAGUUUUAAUUUCUCUGAAGAACAGCAACCUUUUAUGUCUUCUUACGUUUCCGCAUAAGAUUCCUUACCUCAAGACCACCAGCCCCCAAUUAGCACUAUGGAAAUCCUCAGUUUAGCUUUAGUUGCACUAAAGAUAGUAUAUGUCCAGUGAUUAGAGGUGGAUGGGAAGGGAGGAAGUCAAACCAGGCAGGCCAGGCUCUUAAGAAUUAUCUGGUAUCCACUGGGCCACCCACUUGCUGGUCAGUCUGAGUAAAGUCCCUUUUCCUGGAGAAAACGCCUCAGGAAGUAAAGGGGAAAAUCCUCAAAAUCAGCAGGAGGUCUAUAUAUUCCAUCCAAAAAGCUGGGAAAAGGGAUGGGAGCCAGGAAGGAUCUGGGGGCAGAAAACAGAAUGGAACAAGAACACAGAAGGUAGGACUUAAAAUUCAAAACUUGGGGUUGAACUGCAGAAUUUGGAAUAUAGAAUUGGAAAGAACAGAAGUGACAAGACCACUUAAUGAGGUUCCUAAUUUAACACAGUUGGAAACAGACUCAUCUGUUUUUCCCUACAUAAUGAAGUUGAGAACUUGAAAUAUGUAGUUCCAGCCCUUUUGCAUGGGGAGUCUCCUACACUCCCUUCUUACCUCCUGCGGGCAAAGAUACGGGCCGGGACCUGUAUUUCCCUCAUCCUGCCUUCCUUUCUGCUUUUUCACAUUCAUCAACCCUCAUUCUCCUAGGCCACUGGGUGCGUGGAGUGGGUCAUCGACUUUGGGGGCCUCCUUGGUGACCCCCACACCUCAUGAACCUCUGGGUAGCUUGAUUUUGCCUCCGUUUCAGGAAAACUUGUGCUGGAGUUGUUGAUGGAACCAAUUAAAUAUUUACAAUAAA